UCUCCGAAUCUCCAUAUGCAUUUUUAUGAUCCUACUGCUAAAUGCUUAAAGCUGCGCGCAAUAGAAAGGUUAGCGCUCUACGUAUAUGAAUAUCUGCUCCAUGUAGGAGCUCAGAAAUCGGCCCAAACAUUUUUAUCAGAGAUAAGAUGGGAAAAAAACAUCACACUGGGGGAGCCGCCAGGAUUCUUACACUCUUGGUGGUGUGUGUUUUGGGAUCUCUACUGUGCAGCUCCAGAGAGACGGGAAACAUGUGAACACUCCAGCGAAGCGAAAGCCUUCCAUGAUUAUAGUGCUGCAGCAGCUCCCAGCCCCGUGCUAGGAAACAUGCCCCCAGGAGAUGGCAUGCCAGUAGGUCCUGUGCCACCAGGGUUCUUUCAGCCUUUUAUGUCCCCUCGGUACCCUGGAGGCCCAAGACCCCCACUGAGGAUACCUAAUCAGGCACUUGGCGGUGUCCCGGGAAGUCAGCCAUUACUCCCCAGUGGAAUGGACCCAACCCGACAACAAGGACAUCCAAAUAUGGGUGGACCAAUGCAGAGAAUGACUCCUCCGAGAGGAAUGGUGCCCUUAGGACCACAGUCUGACCCUUGGUUAUCAUUACAGAACUAUGGAGGUGCAAUGAGACCCCCACUGAAUGCUUUAGGUGGCCCCGGAAUGCCUGCAAUGAACAUGGGUCCAGGUGGUGGUAGACCUUGGCCAAACCCAACAAAUGCCAAUUCAAUACCGUACUCCUCAGCGUCUCCUGGGAACUAUGUAGGUCCUCCAGGAGGUGGAGGGCCACCAGGAACGCCCAUCAUGCCUAGUCCAGCAGAUUCAACCAAUUCUGGAGACAACAUGUAUACUUUAAUGAAUGCAGUACCUCCUGGGCCUAACAGACCUAAUUUUCCAAUGGGCCCUGGGUCCGAUGGUCCCAUGGGUGGAUUAGGAGGAAUGGAGUCCCAUCACAUGAAUGGCUCUUUAGGCUCAGGAGAUAUGGACAGUAUUUCCAAGAAUUCUCCCAAUAAUAUGAGCCUGAGUAACCAGCCGGGCACCCCAAGAGACGACGGUGAAAUGGGGGGAAAUUUCUUAAACCCUUUUCAGAGUGAGAGUUACUCCCCCAGCAUGACCAUGAGUGUGUGAUCCAUUACCAAGUCUCCUCAUGAAAAGCAUCGUGAGUCAGCCCUUCACAGAACUACUACGGAAGAAAACUGCUCAUCAGUGUACGGUUAAAGGAAUCCCAGUCAACCAAACCAACCUUUAGCUCCUGCUCUCCCCAUUUUGUGAAGAAAGCGGGUCCAAACGUGAUUCAAACAGCUGUACGGAGUGGCACAUUAGAAUUGCCCUAAACUGAACUGCAAAUAAUCAUCUGUGUAUGUAUAUGUGUGGGAAAGAGAAUGUAUCGUAUAUGCAGAUCUAUAUGCACAUAUACGCAUACAUGCAUUGACCCACAGGACAUUGUAAGAUAUUAUCACAUGACAUCUUAAGUAGAAGUAAGUAGGGACUUUUAUUCCAUCCUUUUUUUCACGUUUACAUUUUAAUUAUUAAAGGUUGCUCCUGCCCCUCCCUGAACUAUUUUGUGCUGUGUAUAUCACUGCUUUAUAUAAGUUAUUUUUUAAGGUGAACUCAGAUGUUAUGGUUUUGUAAAUGUCUGCAAUCAUGGAUAGGAAUAAAAUCGCUUAUUUGAGAGCUUUCA